CAAGGGCAGGAAACCGGCGUUUCAUAAGGGGUUGCGAUCAGUCAUGUUUCAUAAACAAAACAGAGAAGACUGUUCAACCGUCACAUUGAUUACAGAAGAGUCCCAGCAGUAGAGAGGAAUUUCUGAUGCAUUCUUUUGAAUUAAGUAACACAUCCACGACACAAUGAAGAGAUUGUACUUCAUCGAGCCGAUCGUCGCGAUUUACGCGUUUGCCAGUUUUAUGAUUUAUCCCCUCGUGCAGCAGUACGUGUAUCGCAGAUUGUGGCUGGAGAUCACAAACUCUUCUUACCCCGUGUCCGACAACACUUCCCAGUGCGCCGCCAACAGCUCCAGCCACAGCAGACAGCAAGAUGAGGUGCAGAAAGCAGCUUCUCUGUUCUCCAUGUACAGUGAUUUGUCUUCCAUGAUCCCCAGUCUCAUAGUGACCCUCCUCCUGGUGGCCUACAGCGAUCAGCGUGGCCGAAAGAUCACUAUUAUUAUGCCGCUCAUUGGGUCUCUGAUCUACACGCUUUCAUUCCUGGCGGUCUCCUUCUUCGAGCUCAACAUCUACCUCCUCAUUGCCGCCUCUUUUGUAAGUGCCCUCUUUGGGGGUAUCGGUACCAUGCUAGGUGGCUGCUUCUCCUAUGUGGCCGAUUUGUGUGAGGAUGGCAAGCAGAAAACUCUUCGCAUGGCUGUGGUGGACAUGAUGAUCGGCUUGUUGGCCGGUGUGGCAUCAAUCUCCACUGGCUACUUCCUGCAUGCAGUCGGGUUCAACUGGCCUUUCUUCACAUCCGCCAUAUUUCAGGCAGUUAACUUGCUAUAUGCCAUCUUCAUUCUGGAGGAAACCAGGGUGAUUGACCUGUCAGAGACUGGGGAUUGUUGUCCGGCCAUGCAGAAACUUGUAUGUGGUAUCUACAAAUUGUUUGCGGGAGGCAGUAGUCAAAGAAAAUGGAUUCUUGUGCUGUUGAUUGUCACUUUCUCCUCCUUAUCUUUUGUCAAUACGGGGGGUCUGUCCAUGAUCACACUUUACGAACUCAAUGAGCCACUGUGCUGGAGCGAGAUCCUCAUCGGCUAUGGCGCCGCGGCCAGUACCUCCAUCUUUAUCACUAGUUUUGUCGGUGUGUAUUUGUUCUCCCUCUGUCUGCCUAACACUGCCAUCGUCUUCAUCGGGAUGCUGUCAGUCGCUACAAGCAUGUUCAUGACGGCCUUCGCAAAGACCACGCUCAUUAUGUUCCUCGUGAGGAUUCCUGCUAUGUUUGCCAUCAUGCCGUUCCCUGUCCUGCGUUCGAUGAUGUCAAAGGUCGUCUCAAAGUCCGAGCAGGGAGCACUCUUUGCCUGUGUGGCCUUUACGGAAACCCUGAGCACUAACGGGUCCUCUGCGGUUUUUAGCAGAAUCUAUGCGGCCACCGUGGCAUGGUGUCCUGGCUUUAUCUUCCUGCUGGGUACUGGACUCUGUAUCAUUCCCAUAAGUCUAUUAGGCAUCCUUAGGUGUUUCCAUUCAAUGGAUUCUAAUGACACUCAAGCACUCUUAUCAGAAGAUGGGACUGAAGCCUCAGAUGACCCACCUGUAGCUUAAAAUCAAUGGGAGUUUGGAUACCUCAUGCUUCCCCUGUGUGGUUCUUUACAUUUCCUCAUACCAACACAUGUGGGUAAUCUGCUCAAACCUAUAUAUUUUUUUUGUAUUUUGAGUCGCUGCCAUGAAAUAUGCAUUUUUUUCUAAAAUGCAGUAUAUGAUUAUGGUAGUGUUGGAAGGGAACAGAACUUUAGAUUUCUAAAGGGAAAUUUUGUGAAAGAGGAAGUAUUUUUUAAAUAAUAAUAAUUUCAGCAAAAACUACAUAUUAUAUUUCCUUAAGGAAAUACAAGUCACUUGCAAGGCAGCAACAAAACAAUAACAGUCUAAGGUGAGUUUAGGUUAGGCUUUGAUUUGUUUCGUCCACAAACAAGAAUCAAUAUGUAGUUAAUGAGAAGGGUAUCUAUAAAUGACCAGACCAAUCGCAAUUCAGUAUUCAAAUAUAACAAUGAUAUAAUCAGCUUUAAAGAAAUUUAGGAUUAAAUAUUGAAAAUCAUGGUUUGAAUAGAGUUAAAGAGAGCAGAAUAGAUCUUGAGCUUGAAUAGAUUUAGAACCAAAUUAGUUUAUUGUAUGUACUGAAUUAAUUGCUUAGAGAUUGAAUGUUUGAGGAAUUAUCAGUACAUUGCUGCCUUACAAGUCUAAAGGUUGGGCUGAUGUGCAAUACAUUCUUGUUUUGUUUUUAGACCAAGAUUUACAAGGUAUAUAAAAUUGUAUUUUAUAAAGCAUAAGAUUUAGGAUGCAUAUUUAUAGUGUUUUAAAGUUUUCAUUGGUCUCAUAUUUGUACAGAUCUGAGUCAUGAGCAUUUUAGCCAAUAAGCUCUGACCUGCCAUUGACUGUCUGUCAUCUUGACAAAAACAUGUUAAGAUACAUUAAUUCUUAACUGAUGUAGAUCAGUUUACUUUGUUUGGAGGCUUAUCUGUGGAAAAAAGUGAUUUUGAAGGACUGGGCAGAUCAGUCAGUUGAUAUUUGUACGUAUCUGCCCAUACUUGUUCUCCUACACACACACACACACACACAAGCUUCAUUGUUUAACACAUUUGCAACAGUCCUCUUUCAUUCACUCAAACAUGCUUAAACCUAACUAAGUUUGAUAACUUAUGUGCAGUUGUAAUGUUUUGUAUAUGAAUACGUAAAGUUUCUAUUACGAAAUGUAAUAAUAUAAAGGAUUAAUGUCUGUUAGCUUUACAGCCUGUAAAACCUAAUGAUGUGUUAUUUGAAACAUAUAAAUUGUGCUUUUCAGGCUUGGAAAUGAUCAGGUUCUAGAAAUUGUUUCAUUGCCAAUUUAGCAUCUGCUAAAUGAAUAAAAAUAAAUUCACUAAAUAGCUCUUUGGGAGUCGAAUUUAACAUUUUAUACAGUAGAUAAAUGUUUGUAGAGAUUGUUUUACAUUGUGCGCUUUAUCAUUGUGGCCUGAAGAUGGCAGUAUAGAUACGCAUAUAAAUAUGGCAAUAUAGGUACGUCUUGGCACCAUUUGAAUGUCAUUUUUAAAAAAACAAAAAUUCAAUAAAAGUGAAGAUGGUAAGAACUUUA